CCGCUCAGGGCACAAGCAGGACAGAAAGAAUUUACAUUAAAUAAUAGGUGAAAAAGAAGAGCACUUCGCUUCUUUUUCUGGAGCCUGUGCUUGGCUCCCUACCCUUGUCGCCUAGUUUUUUCCCCUAAUAUAUACAUGGAUCUCUUUAAUAGCCGCAACAUGCUCCAGACUUUACCUCAUGCUAUUUAAUUUCUACCAGCCAGGACAUAAUUUACUGUAGGUUAAAUGAAGCAAGCAGCAAGAGAGCUGACAAGCAGAGUCAUUGAACUCCUCCGUCUGCUUCCUCCGUUCUUCCUCUGCCUGUAGAAUAAAGAGAAUCAACACUCUUCUGUAGUAAGAAAAUCACCUUUAAACAUUGAAUAGACAUACAUACCAAAAAGUAAUACAAAGACUCACCGAUGAAGUGUGAAAACUGUACCAAAAAGGAAUGUAGUAAAAAACAGAAAAAUGAUGACAAGCAAAAUACAUCGGUUGAUCCACUGAGCACGAAUGAUGAAAAUGAGGAGAAAAAUGAAUUCCAUAAAUUGGCUGGUGCUAAAAUAUUCCUUAGUGACUGCCUAGCUUGUGACAACUGUGUGACAUCAGAAGAAGGUGUCAGGAUUUUCCAGCAAAAUCAGAAGGAACUCUUUCGCAUACUCAACCUUAACAAGAAAUGUGAUACCUCAAAACACAAAGUGUUGGCAGUGUCUAUAUGCACUCAGUCAUUGCCUUAUUUUGCUGCUAAAUUCAAUCUCUGUGUAAACGAUGCAGCCAAGAGACUCUGUGGUUUCCUCAAAAGUCUUGGGGUGCAUUAUGUAUUUGACACCACUAUAGCUGCUGAUUUCAGUAUCCUGGAGAGCCAGAAGGAAUUUGUGCAGCGGUAUCAACAGCGGAACCAGGAGGAACAUGCCUUACCAAUGUUUGCCUCUGCUUGUCCUGGUUGGAUCCGGUAUGCUGAAAGGGUGCUUACCAACCCAGUGACUCCACACAUUUGCACUGCAAAGUCUCCGCAGCAGAUCAUGGGGUCCCUGGUGAAGGGUUACUUUGCCAGGCAACAGAACCUAUCUCCAGAUAAAAUUUUCCAUAUAAUCGUGGCUCCUUGCUAUGACAAAAAAUUGGAAGCACUACGGGAAGAUUUUUACACCCCCUUGUAUAACUCUCAAGACGUUGAUUGUGUUCUAACGUCAGGUGAAAUUGUCCAAAUAAUGGAGCAGAAAAAUAUAUCUAUGAAAGAAGUGGCUGAAGUGGCUGUAGACAGUUUGUUUGGUGAAAUAAAGGAGGAGGACGUACUACGGCAUGAUGGGAGGAGAUCUGAUGGGUACCUGGAGCACAUCUUUAAACAUGCUGCCAAGGAGCUGUUUGAUAUGGAUGUCAAGGAAAUCACCUACAAAACACUAAAAAACAAGGACUUCCAGGAGGUCACCCUGGAAAAGGACGGUGAGACAGUGUUGCGCUUCGCCGCCGCGUAUGGCUUUAGGAACAUCCAGAACGUGGUCCUGAAGCUGAAAAAGGGAAAGUUCUUGUAUCAUUUUGUGGAGGUUCUUGCCUGCCCUGGAGGGUGUUUAAAUGGAAAAGGCCAAGCCCAGACUGAAGAUGGAAAACCUGACAAAGUAUUGCUCAGCCAGAUGGAGGAAGUGUAUGCUGCAAUUCCUAUCAGGCUUCCAGAAACCAGCAUGCAUGUGCAAAAGCUGUACCAGGACUGGCUGGAAGGGAUGGACUCCAAGAAGGUCCAGGAAACUCUGCACACCAAAUACUGUGCAGUAAAUCAAACAGCAAGCAGCAUGGAUAUCAAGUGGUGACAAAUCAGGCUUACAAAAGAUGAAAAAACUUGCAUAGGUUACUUAUGAACUCAGCACUGGAAACAUUCUAUGCAAUUGAGGAUGCUAUGCACUAGCCAAGUGUAUGACCAGUACACUUUCUGAAUUGCGGAAUAUUACUUACUUAAGCAAAGAACCAUUGCUCAAUUUUUUAUUUUGAAUGCCUUGGUUCCCUACAGGGUCUGUUAGACUCUUAUUGUGCUUGACCUCCUGCAUAUUUGGGACUUCCUUGUUUAGUUAAGGUCUGAUCUUGCAAGGUAUGGUGAGCACCUUCUUCUAGGUGUACAAUGCCCUUGACUCGGAGUGAAGUUAAUGCAGGUUGAGGAUUCUCACCACUUUUACAGAACUGGCACCCUCAACCAGGAGCUAUUGUAAUCCUUAUGUAUGUGAUUCCUUUCACCAGGCAAGAACAGCCACCCUGGUUAGAAUUGUUGUGUUAAGUGUACCGUAAUUUAGAACUCUUUUUGCCUUGUUAACCAAAAAAUGAGGAUUUUACACAAAGCAACCGAUGAAAAAUGUAAUUGAAAGAUUUAAUUGACUCCUUCCACCCCUGCACAAAAAAAAGGUUUAUUCACUUACCAAAACAUUGGCAACAAGCUUCCUACAGACACACUAACCACAAGGGAGAACAUUCUGAUAUAAAUGGAAUGUCUUUAAUAAUACUAAAUGGUUGUAAUACAGUCCUUUCAUUAAGGAUUUUUGCUAACAGGCUGGUUUGUACAAAUAGUUAAACCGUGUUAAUCUCUCUCUUCAGAAACUUUCAUCGUGAAUUAAUCUUUUCUGUAACUUUUAUUUUCUUUUGUCUGACUUGUUUAUGAACGUGAGAUAUGGUGACCCCAUCUGAAGACAGGCAUGAUGUCGCCAUGUGCCCUGCAAUCUUCACCCUACAUCGGUUCUACGCUAGACCUCAGUCCUGAUUUACAAUACCUCUGCUACUCCAUUUCUGGCUAGUCCUGAGCAUACACAGUGUCAGAUUGAAUCCAGAAACCAGAUAAAUUUGUUGAGUGCCUCUAACUAAAAUCUUAAUUUUGGAACAUUCUUGAACUGAUAAGAAUAUAAUGUAAAUUGAUAGUGCUAGUUUGGGGGCAUUUUUACGUACAUUACAUGGCUGCUUAAUUUAACAAGCUUAAAAAACGGUGCUUGAUGGAUGUAACCUUCUCUACAGCCUCGCAGUUCAGGGAGGGAUGUUUAAGGAUGUGAUGUGAAAUUCCAGCCAUUACAAGGCUUCCACCAGAUUUCAUAGCAGCCUCAUGCUUGUUUUGAUUAGUGGCUCUCUCAAAACUGGAAUGAUUUCAGCUUUCACAUUUUAUUGAGAAAAUAUGAAUGGGGUUUGUCAUGAUCUCAGGAAAUGCAUGAAUGCAAAUCUUGUGGAUUUCUUAAUAUCAGUUACUGUACUUGUAUGUGCACAAAGCUAAUAAUACAAGAUCUCGAUUAAGUAUAUUUGAAAUCAGGAUCUACCCUUGGAAUGUGGGAAGUGAGGCAUUCAAUGCUUCCAGUCUUCUUUUUUAAUAAAAAUAAACUAACAGCAGAGUCGAUCAUAUUCCUGUUGGAGGCAAAUACGAGUUUUUGACUUAAAUAGGAGUAGGCUCAAAACGAGGAGGGGAAAAAAAGGGUGCUGAAAUAUGUGGACUUGCUGGAAGGGACAACUGAUUUAAAAUGAACUUGUUGAUGUGGUUGCAGGUUUCAUCUAAGCUUCCUUUACUUUAAUAAUACUUUAUUUCAAUGCAAAAGGCAUGUGGAUCUGACUUGUAUGGCUACCUGCAUGCAGAGUAAGCCUUCAGGUUUGUUUGGUUUUUUAAUAAAAUGUUACAUUUGACGCAAUAACUGAACAUCUAGAGAAAUCUACCUCUGUGCUAGGAAAAGAGUUUGGAGCAGCAGGGAGAUCCUGGAAAACCUACACAUCCAAAAAAUUUUUUAAAUUGUCUGUUAAAGAAUGAUCUGUGGAUUACACGAAGCUUGUGAACAUCUUCAGUACUUGAAAGUAACAUGACCCCUUCAGUUUUAAUUUCUUGAUCUAUUCUGAUAUCCCCAGAACCCUUCAAUGGAAUUACAUUGUAAUUAAGUUUUAUUGUUCUAAGUUAGUAUAUACAUAUAUUUUUAUAUGUAUAUAUGGCUUAAAACUGGUUGAUAUGUUAAUUUAUAUAUAUAGCUUCAGUUCUGUGUACAGUUUGUUUAUUUUUGUAAAGGAAAAUGUGGAUAUACUUGACAAUGUGAAAAACUGGUUCUCAGUUUAAAUUUUUGAUUAAAAUUUAGUUCUUCACUAUGCUGUGAAAGAACUAUCUUCCUGUGGGAAUCUUUAAGUAAAUCUAGAGAGUAAGAACAGCUCCAUCUCAUUGGCAGCUGCCCAUCACUGAACAAAAACCCUCUCUGCCAUUUUGCUUGCACACACAUGCCUGUUUCAUUCAAUAGAUUCUCUUUCCAUACUUGAGUUUCCACAAGAACAGUAUCAGAUGAGACAAGGCUGGCUGUAAAAUACUAGUUGUUCUUUCCCAUUAUAUAAAGGGAAAUUAAGAAGAUCAUCAGAUUAAGAAUUCACUUUCUUUCAGCUUCUCAAUUUGAAAUGCUCUGCACUUAAAAAGUAGCGGUGUAACAAUCUCUUAGAACUGUUACAUGCCACAACAUCUCUUUAAAAAAAGAGUGCAUUUUGAAUGCUCAUCCAACAAAUAGCUGUAGUGGCUACAUAUAGUAUCAUUAGGUGUUCUAUAAUUAGGGAUUGUGGGAGUUUUCUGAUUUCUUUUCAGUGUUUAAUUUUUAGAAAAAUUGAGACUAUUUUUGGAAUAAAAAAUCUGAUUUUAUCAUUUAAAAAAAAAAUAGUUUUCCAUUAACUGUCAGUUUGUGAAACAUUCAGGAACCUCCUCCGCAAAGUUUAACAUUGCAAAAAUCAUAAUUUUUCAGUGUUUUUCAGAGAAUCUCUAAAUUUUUUGCUUCAUUGAGGUUUCAGCUUAAAACUGGAAACCCUUAUGAUUUUAGGUAUGUUGGGAAUGCUCAUCAGGUAUCUAAGAUCAGAUUCUAGCCUUUACGUCUACAUUAGGAAAGUUACGCCGUGUUGACAAUGGGUGCAGCUAGCUAGUUUCUGAAACUGUGCUGAACAUAAUGUAGUCCUGUCUACACUUGCAAUUAAACUGUUUUGCAGCAGCAGUUUAUUUACAUUUGUUGACAGCACCCUGAAUCACCAAUGUGUAACGUUCCUAGUGUAGUCACAGCCAUAGUGCUUUACUUCUCAGUUGAAUGUUGUGCUGGGACAAUUCAUCGCUGAGUACAAAACAAUGUGGGGUUUUGCUGUGGAUUUUUUUUUUUUUUUUUUUUU